AUGGAGAAGCACGAAGUUACCUACGCCUCCUCGGUCACCUCUGACAAGGAGUCGAUCAUCGAUCUCAUGGCCGAGAGACCCGAGCAGGGCUCCAGCUUUCUCGCAUAUGCCAACGUCGUCUGCGUCGUCGCAGGUACUGGUACUCUUGGUCUCCCCUACGCCUUGAACAUGGGUGGCUGGAUCGGAGUUGGUAUCUUGAUUCUCUCGCUCUUGAUGUCGGUCUACACCGCUAUCCUCUUGAUGAGGUGCCUUUACUACAACGGCAAGUACCGUCUUUCCUCCUAUCAGGAGAUCGGCCGUCACGCCUACGGUCUCCCCGGUCUCAUUGCCGUCUGGUUCUUCCACACCUCGAUCGUCCUCGGAGCCCCCAUCAUGUACAUGAUCUUGGCUGGUACCGAGAUGAACUCUCUUGUCAAAACUUCUGCCAUCAACGAGAAGGCUUGGAUCUGGAUCUGCGCCGCCAUUAUCGCUAUCCCCUUUGUUGCCAUGAAGACCCUCAAGGAGGUCGCUGUCAUGUCUGUCUUUGGUGCCCUCGCCACCGUUGUCCUCGUCAUUGUCGCCGUCCGCGGUUCGAUUAUUGACAUGAACAACGACAACCCCGAAUACGCCGGCAUCACCCACAACAACGUCGUCCUCGCGAACCUCCCUACCACCAUUGCCUCUAUCUCGAUCUGCUUCGGCGGUAACGUUGUCUACAUGCACGUCGAGGAGGCCAUGAGAUACCCCAAGUCCUGGAACCGCGUCGUCGCUGCUGCCCUUGCCACCUGCUCCGUCCUUUACAUCGCCACCGCCAUCCCCGGCUACCUCGCCUACGGUUCCAAGGCCGUUUCGCCCAUCCUCACCAACCUCCCCAAUGAUGCCUUCACCAAGACUGGAACCGUCUUCAUUGUCAUCCACGUCAUCCUCGCCGCCCCCAUUCUCUUGACCUCCUUUGCCCUCGAGUUUGAGCGUCUCGUCGAUGUCACUGUUGCCCGCCGCGGUAAAGUCAUGGAGCGUGUCUACCGUUCAAUCAUCCGCCUUGCCGUCGUCGGUGUCUGCGGUGCUAUUGCCUGCACUGUCCCCUUCUUUGGCAACUUCUUGUCCCUCCUCGGUGCUCUCGGCAACUGCUCUUUGAUCUUUGUCUUGCCCAUUCUCUUUUACUUCAAGUUGAUCGGAUGGAGACAGAUGAAGUUCUAUGAGCUCGGCUGGUGCGCCAUUAUCGUUAUCAUUGGUGUCAUCUCUGCCGUCAUUGGAUCCAUCGAUGCUAUCAAGGCCCUUCGUGAGUCCUUCCUCAACCAAAACUAG